AUGGCUUCCAACUUUUCUCGCAGUGGUCUCAUGACCCAGGCGACCCAGGCCUUUCACGCAAUCUCGUCGUCGACGUUUGCGGCAGGGGCGAGGUUGACUGAUACGCCAUCUCCAUCGGCAGCGCUCUCCGCGUCCUACACCAGCGAGCAAUCGCAUGAUCAUUCGGCAGCAACGGGACAAGGCACUCUGCAGUUCCACCUCGCUCAGCAAAUCGCCGAGUCCAUGUUCCUCAAAGCCCGCCGUGUCAACUUGGUGCGAGACGGCCACGACAAUGACGGCAUCUUCCUCCGUGCGCAUGACAACAUGUACGCAGCAUAUCCCAUGGAUGCUUACCGUGGCGUGGCGAUGCAGAGUAUCAAGAAGCUUCGCUGCGAAGCAGCCAUCAUCAUCUCUUCCGAGAUCAUCGAUUCUGCCCUUUCCACUCUUCAGCCAAACCAGACCGAGCUCAUCCUCACCCCACAACAGAGAGUCCAGGUCGUCAAGAGCCUGGACCAUCUCUGGUCGUGCCGGAAGGGCCAAGGCGCAGCCUUCAUCCAGGCAGAGGCCAUCAUGGUCGUGUGGACCGAAGAUGGAAAAGACCUCUUGGAUGCUGCCGUCAGCUUCCAGAACCACGUGCUCGACUACUUCGAGUCGCUCAGGCGAGGAAGCUACGUCUCGAACCUCCUGCAACACAGCUCAAACAAUGCCUCGAUCUACCGAGGCGUCGGGCAUUCGCGAAACGGCAGCACAGCGAGCUCGGCUGCAUCUUCGCAGACACGACUUCCCUCGCUGUCCUCGCACUCUGAUCUCGGUCACGGGAAGCUCGCAGGUCUCCCACCGCGUCACAGGCCCUCUCCUUCGCUUUCGAGCAGCUCGUACGAGAAGAAAGGCGCCUUCAGCGAGAAGGAUGGCGCCGACAUGGAUUCAUCCCUCGAAGCAGGCAUGGUACCCGAGCUGGCCGCCACAAAGCGUCCGGUCUACUCGCUUGCGCCGUUCCUGACGGGACUGAGCCUCGGAUUGAAUCUUCUCUUUAGCGGCAUCUUUCUGCGCCGUAUCCUCGUGACCGCCGUCACCCUCAACAACUACCUCUAUCUCCUUGCUAUCCUGGCAAUCCCUUUCACCAUGAUGUUGACCCAGUUCUUCACCGACAACAUCUUCGGAUGCAUCGCCCAGAUUCUGCUUCCAUACGGCAACAUGAAGAAGAACUCCCUCUACUACUCGGGCGAAAAGCCCAUUCCCCUGCCCAUCGAUGUGGCUCUGCCCUCGAUUACGAUUCAAGUGCCCGUCUACAAGGAAUCCCUCGAGGGUGUCAUCGCUCCUACGAUCCUCGACAUGAAGAAGGCUAUGAAGACUUACGAGCUGCAGGGCGGCAAGGCCAACAUCCUCGUUUGCGAAGACGGUAUGCAGCUCCUCGACGAAGAGGAGCAGCAGAAACGCCGGGACUUCUACCAGACUCAGGGUUGCGGCUGGGUAUCGCGACCCGGACAUGGUCGCAAUGGCUUCGUGCGUGCCGGUCGCUUCAAGAAGGCUUCCAACCUCAACUUUGUCCUCGACUUCAGCUUCGACGUCCAGCAGCUCCUCGACGGAGGCCGCGCAAAGAGCUACGACGAAGCGCUGGAAAUGGCACUGCAGGCACGAGACGGAAUCGCUUGGGCAGAAGGUGACGUCCGUCUUGGAGACUACAUCUUCCUGAUCGACUGCGACACCCGAAUUCCCACCGAUGCCUUCCUUGACGCCGCGAGCGAGAUGGAGACUAGCCCGGAAGUGGCCAUUCUUCAGCACUGCUCGGGCGUCAUGUACGUCGCGGACCACUUCUUCGAGAACAUGAUGGGAUUCUUCACCGACAUUGUCAACUGGUCUAUCUCAUGGCUGGUCGCCUGCGGAGCUACCGCUCCCUUUGUGGGCCAUAAUGCAUACUUGCGAACCUCGGCACUACUCCAGGUCUCGGAACGCGAUCCGAAGACUGGCCAGCUGAUCACAUGGUCCGAGAACUCGGUCUCCGAGGACUUUGACAUGUCGCUCCGCCUCCAGCUCCAGGGCUACGUUGUGCGCUGGGCCACCUACUCGAACCUCGGCUAUCUCGAAGGCGUGUCGCUGACACCGUCCGACGAGCUGAAUAGAUGGCAGAAGUACGCUUUCGGAUGCUCGGAGAUCAUCCUGCAGCCUCUACGAUACUGGGUGACCAAGGGCCCUCUCACGCCACUUUUCAAGCGCUUCAUCACGAGCGACAAGUGCAGUCUUUCGCAGAAGAUCACAGUGUCCUCGUACAUGUUCAGCUACUAUGCGCUCGCCAUGAGCUUGCCGUUUGCCAUCGCCAUGUUCCUGGUCGUCGGUCUCAUGGACAACGUCACCAGCCUUUACAUUGUUGACUCCUUCAAGGUCUGGCUCUCGAUCCUCGUCGUCUUCUCAGCCGGCGGCACCGUAGCCAGACUGCUGUGCUUCCUGAGGAGCAGGCAGAAGGGCUUCCUGCAUGCGCUCAAGAGGCAGUUCGUCUACUUUUGGCCCAUGAUCGUCUUCUUUUCUGGCCUUCCCUACCACAUCCUCCUUGCCAUCCUGGCUCACCCGAUCGAGUACAACAUGACGUGGGCGGCCACCCAGAAGGACGUGCAAGAGACCAGCUUGGUGGACGAAAUCAAGGACAUCCUCUCUCGAUACUGGCACUGCUACCUGGUCAUGACGAGCUUCAUCACUCUCAUGCUCCUCUUCGGCACCAACCUCCUGAGCCAAGAGUUUUGCAUCUACGGAUUCAACCUUUUCUGGCCGGGUUCGAUCACCAUCUUCGGACACUUCAUGUAUCCGAUUCUGCUGAGCCCUGUCUUCAUGCGCUUCAACUUCUAG